AUGACCCGGAGAAAAUUCUGCAUACUGCCAUUGUUGGCAGUUUGUUGCCUUACUCGUGCAAAAAAUGUCCAUAAGGUUGCUAAAAAUCAUAGAUACCACAUAUCUGACUUCCUAGGAGCCGGAUACGAUGUGGCAAUGACUCAAACUGAUGAUUCAAUUCUGCCCUUUAAGGCCCCUGUUCUUGACGUAAAGUGGCUUUCUCCUGGCGGUCGAGCACCAAGGCCCAUAGGUGGAUGGGCACGCCCGGCAGAAUCUUGCAGUGAACUUAUUGGCGAUAGCGAGUAUAGCAAGGAAAAUGGAACUGCCCUAAGCAAUAGGGUCAAGCUGGACCUGAGCGCGUCUGUUGAGCAGGUGGGCUCUGGAACUCUAAACCUAGACUAUAGGGGCGUGGGAGCACAUUCUAACGCUGAUUCGAUCAAGGAAUUUUCAAAAUAUAUCACCUGUUCCACUUAUUCAUCGGGGCUAUCCACGCACUUUAACUGGAGCAAAACACAUGGGUUUUCCAAGGCAGUGGCGGAGCUUCUCAGCUUAAAGAUAGGCUUAAAGUCAGAACUAGUGCCAAAGCUAGGGUUGGAGGCGUACCGGGCAGCGUGGACGGCGUUCAUUGAAGAGUUCGGCACGCAUGUGAUAAAAUACGUAAAAAUGGGCGGAAGGAUCGUCAGCACAAUUCGAGUGCCGGCCAGCGCAGAAAAAUCACUACAGGAGCAUGGCCUUAAGCUGGAUGUGGGCGUGGAGGCAUCGCUCAAGCUGGGAGACCUGGAGGUGUCUGUGGGCACAAAUGUCGGCCUAAAGAAGGCGCUGGAGGAGUUUAAGAACUCGUGCGCGAUAAACAGCACCGUAUGGGGAGGGCUGCUUAGGGAUGCAGAUUUGGGCGGAGACCUGGGCGCCGGAGAUAUUAGGCACUGGAAGAGCUCGUUGCUCUCCCAUGCCAUGCCUCUGGAAGCAGUCCUGGAGCCCCUAUCCAACUUCAUGCCGGCGUCCCUGGAGGACGACUACCGCGAGUCCCUGGAGGGGGCAAGGGCGAAGGGGAUCAACUCAACGGCUAAGGAUCAACGGUUAAGGAUCUACGGUUAA